GGUGAGCGCUCAUCUAUAUUCUGUCUGCUGCUAUAAAUUUGACGUUUAGAGACUUUGAAGUAUCAAAUUGAACGUGAAGCUCUGAAUAUCUACAAUAUGAAUAAUAUUGAAAUCGAAGAUACUUACCAUCACGAUUUCACCACAGCUUCCGAGUGGGAAGUAUUUAUCGCGCGUUUAGAGGAGAUUAUUCGAGAAUGGAAAUUACCCCAUAACAAAAUAUGUUCACCUUUGAAAAAGGGAGAUUUUAUCAAUCUCUCAUGGCAAACAGCAUCCGAACAUGUACACUUUGCUGAUGUGGAAUUUUCCCUCACUCAUAUCAACUUGAUAACUCCAAAUGAAGAAGCGAUUCAAAGUUCCAUAGAAGAAUGUGAGGACAAGAAAAGCCAAUGUCUAGUGGAUGCCCUGAAUUCUUCGAACGAUUUUGCAUCGCUAGAUCAGGAGCAUCUAAAUCUCGCAAAAUAUUAUGGAAUAAGAGAGUUCAUCAUACUUAGUCCUGCAAAAGAAGUUGCGAUAACUGAUGAGACUCGCAUAAAAAUCCUUCUCAGCUCAAUUACAAUUGCAUCGAAUAAUUCAAACUGCGAAAUUCCCAUGUUUGUACAAGUUCAAGAACCUUGGCAAUCAUUUUACCUAGGCGUGAGUGAGGGACGUGGAGUCUGCAGCCAUUUUGAUAUGGUGCACCUGAAGAAAGUUCCUCCAUACUGUAAAUACCUCAAUGGCUUACUAACACUGUUCAAACAAAAAAUUACCGAGGGAUGUGGAAUCCGUUUGGAUCCUGCCAUGGUCUCUGUUCGAUUUACAUAUUUGCUCAAAGAUUGGACCAGCAGUACAUGGACACAGGAUCCACCAGAUUUCGAUUUUAUGCAUGGAGAAACACUCGGAGUUGCCGAACUUGGCAAGCUUCCAUUUGGCGCUACAUUUGAUCCAGUCGGAGAGCUAAUCCUUUUCACAACUUGGCCAGAGAUUCCGGAAAAUGUUGUAGUGGACAGUGAGAGUUACACAGAUCUAGAACCGCAGCAAGCCCCAGAAUGGUCUGUUCAAGUGAAAAUGACGUCAUCCCCAGCCUGUUUGCUUGGCGAAUAUUUGAUAGACUUUAUACAUUUGUGUUCUAACCAGAAGACGUUGUUUGAAUUGCUAGGUGAUUUUGUUAGUUAUACUGAAGGUGAUGGUCAAAAUUUGAGCUCUGCUUUUAACGCGUUAACGGAGUCUAGAGUACCGGCACUUUCGACAGUCGUCAGCAAGGCGGCAAUCAAGAAGACAAAACCAGUCGAGGGUCCAAUUUCGGAAGAUAUACUUUUACCGAUACUUUACUUCUUGUUUCCAGAUGCUGAAGAUAAUCCGAAACAACCGUACGCCAAUGCCAAUGCAUAUAGUGUCGAAGAUGACCAGUGGAAAGGUGUAAAAACUGCUGCAGUAGACAGUCUCGUGUGGAGGUUGUCCAUUGUCGCUGCUCAUUGUGCGCACAAUCUUGGUGGAGCUCCAGCUUUGGCGCAUCUGUGGCACGAGUUUGUUCAAGAGAUUAGAUUUCGCUGGGAAAGAAAUAUCCUCAUUCCAGGAAUCGGAUCUGGCUUUCCUGACUCGGUCCGCACGUGUUUGUUGCAUCAAAAACUUCAGAUGCUGAACUGUUGCAUUGAGCGGAAAAAAGUGAACGAAGAAUCUGUGUACAAACCUCAAAGUAUGGACAUCGACGAUCCCGAUUCUGAUUCAGAUGAAGAAUUUUUCGAAUGUACGAACGAAGAUCCAACUGAGAACGAUGACACAGCGACAAAAGCACAGCGAAAAGUGAAGCACUCUUUAUGGAACAGACCAACAGGUCGCCUAGCGAAGCAUCCCGUCCUAAAGCUCUUAAAAACUGGGGGAUCUCUUUAUCUUCCCGUAACACAGGAACCAGUUCCAAAAACAGAAGAUCAAUUGGAAGAGGAUGCGGAAGUUAUGAUGCAGCUUGGUACGGACCAACGUGCCUCAGAAAUGAGGGCGAGACUCAUGAGCGCUUCUCUUUUGUCCGACAUGGAAUCUUUCAAGGCUGCAAAUCCGGGCGCUGUGUUGGAAGAUUUUAUUCGUUGGUACUCUCCUCGUGAUUGGAUCGAAGAAGAGGGUCUCGACGAGUGGGGACAAAAAAAUGGCCAUUUAUCACCCCGAAUGAUGAUUCCAAACAACCCUUGGUCAAACUCUUGGGCAUCAUCACAGCCGGUGCCUGCCCAUCGCCAAAAACGUUUGUUUGACGAUACUCGCGAAGCAGAGAAAGCAAUACAUUAUUUGACAUCCCAACGCCUUGGACAGAUCGCCCAAUUGUUGCUGCCAGUUCUUAUGCAGGCAGGAUUAAGCACGCUAAACUCUCAGAAACAAGAAGCCUUGAGCAAUCUUCCAGAUGUUGUACAGAGUAUUUUGAACAAGCUGCAGUAUGCCACAAAGCCGAUUCAUCAAAAAAUAAAAUCAUACGAGGAAAUCGCACAUGAUAUCGAAGGCAUCGAAGCUUUGGUGGCACAGGCUAAUUCACUGCAGCGUAAGCUAGGUGGUCCAAAGCAAACGAAAGAGUUUACCGGGUUUUUGGUGCAAUUAAUGCGCGAGAAAGAAGUUCCAGUUCCUGAUACAUCAGAGGAAUAUGUCAGAACUCGAAUAACGUCAAUGUUCAACGAAGCUCAGAAGGCAGCGCACAUGAUGACAUCUGUCAAGAAUAAUUCUGAUGCAGAUUCACCUCGAGAUAGUGGAAAUGGGGGGAAAUUUCCAGCACCGUUUUGCAAAGAGUUCAUACUACGGGCUAUCGCUCCUCGUCCCUCAGGAACAUCAACUCCUCAUCCACAGCGUCUGUACGCCUCCUUGAAACGCGACCACUUACGAUUGGCUGGGCUUUUCUCCGAAGACACGAUCUUUUUUUAACACGAUUUCCAAUCUGAAGUUAAUAACGUCACUUUCUUUCGUUCGACAUAUAUAUGUACAAAAUU